CGCAGUCGGCAAGCGGCAACCGCAACGAUUGGACGUGUGUCGAGCAGCGAGUUGAACGAAUAACUGAGUGAAUACUGAAGUGAAUACGAGUGCGAAUACGAAUACGAAUACCAAUAAUAUUCGAGGCGGUGCACAAACCAUGCAGCAAUUAUUUGCCACUUUACUUGGACUGCUGCUCUGCAGCCAGUUUGCAGUCUGGGCUCAAUCUCCUGGCCUUCAGGUGGCCAAGCAAUGGAAACUCUUAAGCUACAACUUUGAGUCUCCAACCCAAGCAAGCGAUCCGAACUUUUACAAUCCUCAAAAUGUGCUGAUCACUGGCAUCGCAGUGACUGACGAUCGCAUCUUUAUAGCGACGCCGAAACUCUUCUCUGGCGUCUCCUCCACUGUCAACUGGGUGCCCAAGGGCAAGCUUGGGGAAUCCCCUCAACUGCAGGCCUAUCCCGAUUGGUCAUUCUCGAACACAGCUCGCUCCAACUUCAACUGCAGCGAUCUCAUCUUGACAUCGGUUUAUCGUCUGCGCAUCGAUUCCUGCAAUCGCUUGUGGCUACUCGAUGCUGGCGUCUCGCGUUCUCUGGAGGAUUAUGAGAUCACCUGUCCACCCAAGAUUCUUGUGGUCGAUCUCAAUACGGAUCGCGUGGUGCGUCGCAUUGAUUUCCCACCCGAGGUGCUGAGGGGCGAAACUUUGUUCACCAACAUGGUCAUCGAUGAGACGACGGCCAAGAGCUGCGACGAUGUGUUUGUGUACAUCACGGACACCGUGGAACCUGGCAUCAUUGUGUACGACAGCAGCAAGGAUGUCACUUGGAGAUUGUCGCAUCCAGCUAUGUAUCCCGAUCCGGACUUUGCCCAGUCUGAAAUUCACAACGAUCGCUUUGUGUUGAUGGACGGCGUCGUCGGUCUGACCUUCGAUGAGCGCAAUGGCAUCGUCUACUUCCAGCCGUUGGCCACUGAUCGUGUGUUCUCGGUGCACAAGAAUGUGCUGCGUGCUGGGCCUUUGGCCAGCGGACAAAUGCUCGAUGUGAAGUUGGUGGGCAAGAAGUCAUCGCAAGGCAUUGGAUUGGCAGUUUCUCCCUUCGACAGCAGCUUGAUCUUCAGUCCACUGACUGAGACGGCGCUUGCUUCGUGGAAUCCCACAACCAAUCAGCAGUCGGUGCUCGCUCAGGAUCGCGAUAGACUUCAGUUCGUGGCAGAUAUAACAACCACACGCUCAGAGCCAGGAGUUAUCUAUGCCAUAGCCUCGAAGUUCCAUCGCUUCUUCCUGAAGAAUUUGAAUGCCAACGAGUUCAACAAUCGCAUUGUGCGCUUGGAGUUGUCUGGCGCACGCACCGGAGGCAUUAAGAGUCCUCUGCACACGCUUCCGUUGUCCUUGGCCACAGCUCCAUCGGCUCCCUCAGCACCCGCUGCUCAUAACAGCAUUCUCCACUAUGGCAUCUACAAUCAGCACUCACAGUCGCAUGUCCACUCCACUCAGACCUCGCCCAAUGCACUUCAAACUUACUUCACCAGUCCGGCUCUGACGACGCCGCUGACCACCAAGACACCCUACAAAUACGAGAAUGCGGGUAUCAUCAACUACGGCGUACGCAGUCCCUUCACCGCCCUCAACCAGGGCGAAGCCUUCCCGCCCAGCAAAGCCAAUCGGGACACCUAUCAACGCUCCUAUCUGGACACUCUCGUCUCCAGUCCGGGACCAACUGCCGCAGCAGCGUCUCCUUCGAUAACUGCGCCAACUAGCUACAUGCAGCGCCACAGUGGAUACUAUUAUCAUCAUCAUUAAACUAAUAAUUAAUUAAUUACGAAUGCUGCAAUUUCAUUUUACGUUUUGUAAAUAUAUAUGUGUUUAUUUAUUUUA